AUGUGUGGUCGGGACUACGACAAAGAUAUCCUUCAGAUUCCGGUGUCUCUGUUGGAUUUCAAGAAAUACAUGAGGCAGUGGAUAUCGAUGGACCCCAGUGAUGUGAUGUUGGAGAGACAUCCAUCGUCGGAGCAGCUCCUGAAAAAACAAGAGCAGCAGAGGCACACUUUUAACCGUCUACAGCAAACUGACUACGAAAUGCAUCCGCCGCAGAGGUUCAGUGAACUCCGGAACGGAUCAAGAAAGCGGAUCCGAAACAGAGUCCACUUGCACACCGGAUACGACACGGUGGCGGCUCGCGGAUCCGGUCCGACGUCGCUGCGAAUGUCAUCAGCAAGUUCACCAUACAGCAGGCCUGCACCCACCCGGAUCACCUGUGUUGACAAUCGCACAAACCGCCGUGCUAAGAUCUAUGAGGUGUCCAAUGGCAAAAUAAAAAUAGCCUCCUUUAAAACCACCACAAUAAGUGCCCUCAGUGAUGGUGUGAGGGCAUUUAUUGCUCCCGUGGAUGGUGACAGCCCAUUGUUUGAAACCAGGAAGGCCUAUAUAAUUAAAAAUUACACCCUGUCCCAGAAAUUUGGACGGGAGUGCAUUUUCCUAAACCCCAACUCAAGGAAAUUUCAAACGGCCUCCUUUGAGUUGCCGGAGGAGGCAGAAAGAUCAGCCAGAUACCUCCUCAAUCCACCAACUGUGCUGAUGUCCGGGGAAGAGCACGACCUGUUCACAAGGGGAGGAUUCAUCUCCCUGAAGGGACAAAUUGAAAAAAUGCAGGUCCCCAGGAUGACCCGAGUGGGUGUUGGAGAGGUGCCCAUCAGAGACCUGUCUCUGCGGUGUGGGCAGAAGCUGCUGGACGUGUCCCUCUGGCGUGACGAGGCCCUGGUCGAGCUCAGCCUGGGGGAUCACGUUGAGAUUUCCUUCCUCAGGGCAACUCUCAGACCUGCGGCGAAACUGAACACAUCCAGCUAUUCAGCUGUGGAGAAGACUGCAGCUGAGCCAGUGUAGGUGGAGAUCUCCAUCAUCAGGGUGGAGGAGGGAGACGGAGGAGCCACAGUUUUUGAAUC